AUGAAACGCUGCUUCUCCACUCUCUCCAGACGCCUCCAACACUACGAUGAAUCACUACUCUCCAAAUAUUACAGCUCAGAUCUCAUCCAAUCCAUUAAACUCGCCCAAGACGUCAUCCCACCAAACACCUCCCUUACAACCCAUUCUUCUUUCGCCCCCACCUAUCUAGAUGAUUUCUCAAAACUCCAUCCUUAUUGGGAUUAUAAACCAGGCACACCUCAUUUACAUAGUGGCACUUCGACUUUAACCAAUACCGAUUCUCUUGAUUGGACCACCCAUCUCCAUCAACAACUACCAGAUGGCGGCCAUGUCUACCCACCAGGCACUUCAACUACUUCCAACACUGGCACCGGCACUCCAACUUUGAGUGGUCCAAACUCAGAAUUCGCCAACGCUUUGGCUAAACAAACCGGCUUGGACCCCUUGUUUAUCAAAAACAAAUUGACCAUGAAACCUUUGGUACUCAAACGUGUUUCCAACCAAACCGCAAAGGGCAAGAUCGCCUCCUUCUACUCACUCGUCGCUGUGGGCGACCGUAAGGGAAUGAUCGGCUUGGGUGAAGGUAAAUCAAGAACCGACAUGGCAAAGGCUGUAUAUAAAUCCCAUUGGGAUGCCGUCAGAAACUUGACUUUUGUACCUCGUUAUGAAAACAGAACCAUUUACAACAACAUCAACCAUCGCUUCCAUGGGGUGAAAUUGUUCUUGAGAUCCGCCAAGCCAGGGUUUGGUCUAAGAGUCAACCACGUGAUAUUCGAAAUUUGUGAAUUGGCCGGUAUUAAAGAUCUUAGUGCUAAGGUUUACAAAUCAAGAAAUGAUAUGAACGUUGCAAAGGGUGUGGUAGAAGCUCUUACAAUGGGGCAACGUACUUUAGAUGAGGUUGCUUUGAGUAGGGGUAAGAAGAUUGCAGAUUUAAGAAAGGUUUAUUAUUCUGCUACAUAA